GUCAGAAUAGACGUAUGAAACAUGGCUGCUCUCACCGAGUUGAGUUGUGUCUCUCAGUUUUAGGUUUUUAAAAUGAAUUUCUGAACGAUGAUGCACACCGAGCGUAAGAUGGAGGAAAGGGUGCCACAGCCAGAGGAAGAAGAAGGAGAAGAUGAGGUCGGAAGUGAGGAAGAAGGAGAUAAAGACGAGGAUGAACAAGUAGUAAUGCCACUGGCCUCAGAUAAAACUGAGGAAAAUAUUCCAUUAACUGCUCAAUGUAAAGAGAAAAAGCAGGCUGAUGUCCUAAACCUCAACAACGAGGUGGUGAAGAUGAGGAAGGAGGUGAAGCGGGUGAGGGCUUUGAUCAUCAGGAAGCUGACACGUCAGAUUGGUGCCCUGAAAAAGAAGAAGGGGAAUGAGAUGGAAAUUGAAAGGAAUCAUAGGAGAGCUGGCAGAUUGCUGGAGGAUAUCCAUGCUAUGAAGGGCCUCAUACCAGACUUGGUGACCAAGACAGCCUUGCAGAAGAACCUCAACUUUGACCAGGUGUGUAAAAAUCCCAAGUCCUCAAUUUCUGACCGAGCUAUAGCUCGCAUCGCCACCCACCCUCACUUCAGCAAAAAGAUCGAGGACAUCAAAGCUGGUGUGAAAGCCUUCAAAGAGGAGCGAAUGAAGGGUAGAAAGCAAGGAGGGAAGGAGAAGGUGCAAAAUCAGAUUGGAAAGGUGAACCCACGGUCACCAGAGAGAAGUGGAGACAGAAAGAGUGAGAAAGAGGAGGAGGAAAAUACAGUGGAGCAAAAGAACGUGGUGGACAAUGAGGAAGGAGAUGCUAUUGGUAAAGACACUAAAGAUGCAUCUGUUGUUGAAUAUGAAAGGGAAACAGGGAAAGAAACUCAGUCAGCCUAUACUGCUCAUGUUCAAAAGAAAGACAUGCCAAAGUCUAAGAGUGUAAAACCAGUAUCAUUAAAAAGCAGUCAAGUAAAUGAUGUGAAAGAUAAACCUCAAAGUAAAGAUGGAGAAAAGAAACCCAAUUUCAGUCCUGCACCUCCAUUCCAGAAAAGAUCCCAUGAUGAAGAGAGUGAUUUAGAGUCAUCAGAUGAUGAAGAGAAAGAGUACUUUGAUGACAGCACAGAGGAGCGUUUCCACAAGCAGUCCUCCCACUCAGAGGAGAGCGACGAUGAUGACUUCUUUAUAGGAAAAGUGAGCAAAUUCAAGAAGAAGAAGAAGCAGAAAAGCAUAGAAGGAGAGGAGGAAGGUGAGAAGAAUUAUGACGUGAGAAAGGACUCGCCAGAGAAGGGGAAAACUUCAGAUAAGGUUCAGAGUGAACUUGAUGAGCUUAGGUCAAGGCUGAAGUCUAAAGCUACCUCCCUGCAAUCUGUUUUCUGUUCUUCCCUCUCUGGUUCUAAGCACAGUCGGGGAGGAGUUGCAGGCAGAGGGAGAGGCGUGGAUAAAUUCAGGAGCCAGGGCAAACCGAAGGGUGGUAGUGGUCUAACUAGAGAUUUUAGUAAACAACCGAAGUUUGCAAAGCAGGGUAAAGGAAAAGAAGGAAUUUCAGGGUCUGGGUACAGCAAGCACUGCCCUGAAGUUAGACAUCCUGAGAUGGAGGAGAAGAGCUCUGCCUUUGUUGGCAGAGGUAGGGGCCAGAGCAGAGGUGAUGUUACAGUGCACAAGGAUCACAGGGGUAAAGGUAUGUUUUCCCAUCAGGCACUGCACCCAUCCUGGGAGGCCAGUAAGAGAAGGAAGGCGCAGCAAGGACAAAUCCUGGCCUUCCAAGGAAAGAAGAUCAAGUUUGAUGAUGAUGAUGACUGAACUGACUUUUUCCACUUGGUUGUAAAUGUAAAGUACAUAUAUAUGAUUGAGUGACUUAUGUGACUUAAGUGUGUGUUAUCUAGCACACAUGUAAAGUGUAAAACUAGUCAUUUGUGUUGUUCUGCCAGCAUUGUGUGGAUUUGAGAAAAAAUUUUGUUUGAUUUGCUUUUUUUAUGAUGAGGUUUCACCACUUUAUCUUAACCCUUGUAUGAUUCUUAGGAAGGUAAUUAUGGCCUACCUACUACUGUAUACAUUCUGUGAAAUUGAUGCACAUGAAUAUCCAUUGCAGGAAGCCUUUAUACCAAAUGAUGUUUUCUUGCUUGUAGUCUUUAAUUGUUAUUUGAGCUUAAACUAUAUAAAGUUUAUAUUUUA